AUGUGGAGGCAAGUGAUAACACGAUUCGGGAUACCAGAAGUCGUCAUCUCAGACAACGGCACACAAUUUACUGACAAAAAGUUCACGGAAUUCCUGAGCGGCCUGGGCGUAAGACAAAGGUUCUCUUCGGUAGAACACCCCCAGACGAACGGACAGGUGGAAUCCGCCAACAAGAUUAUCCUUUCAGGGCUGAAGAAGAGGUUGGAUAAUAAAAAGGGUGCUUGGGCCGACGAACUAGCAUCGGUUCUCUGGUCCUACCGAACAACUGAGCAAUCCUCCACUAAGGAAACUCCCUUCCGGCUAACGUAUGGGGUGGACGCAGUAAUACCUGUAGAGAUUGGUGAACCAAGCCCGCGGUUACUUUUGAAAGGAGUAGAGGAAACCGUGGAAAAGGACCUGAUAGAUAAAGCCAGGGAAAUGGCCCAUUUGACAGAAACAGCGCUAAAACAAAGGAUGGCUUUGCGCUACAACACCAAAGUGCUCAAAAGGGAAUUCGAGCCGAACGAUCUCGUCCUGAGGCGGAACGAUAUCGGCCCACCGACCCCAGGAGCAGGCAAGCUAGCGAUAAGCCAUCUCAUCAUGACUAACGACGACGCGCAACCCGGAACUGAUCACCCCGGGAGCCCGUCAACUACCGUUGUAACAAAUGACUACGCAAAAGGCCACGAGCCGUUGAUAUAA